AUGGUGCGCAAUGUGGAUGACCUGGAUUUCUGCCUGGCCUCGCACCCGCAGAGCAUGUUAGAGGGGCUGCGGGCGCUGCGCUCCAACCCCAAGCUCUCGGAUGUCACGCUGCUGGUGGGCGGCCGGGAGUUCAGUUGCCACCGCAGCGUGCUGGCGCUCUGCAGCGUCUACUUCCACGCCAUGUUCAGCGGGGAGUUUGUCGAGAGCAUCUCGGCGAGAGUGGAGCUGAAGGAGAUUGAGCCCGCUGCCAUGGAGAGCCUGAUCGAAUUCGCCUACACAGGCAAGUUGACUAUCAACCAGCAGAAUGUGGAGUCCCUGACCCAGACCUCCAACCUGCUGCAGUUCAGCAGUGUCCAGAAAGUUUGCAGCCGCUACCUCCAGCACCAGAUUGACCCUACCAACUGCCUGGGCAUCUAUGAGCUCGGCGAGAUGUACGGCUGUCCGGAGGUCACUGCCAAAGCACGCUCCUUCCUCCUAGAAAACUUCGAGGCAGUGUCCCAAAGUGAGGAGUUCCUCCUGCUGGGCAGCGAGAGGCUCCUGGGCUACCUCGGCGCUGAACUGCUGCAGAUCCAGGAGGAGCAGUCCCUGGUGCAGGCUUUCCUCCGCUGGAUACGGCAUGAUGAAGCCCAGAGGAGCUGCCUGCUUCCCGAACUCUUCGAGCUGGUCCACUUGCCCUUGCUGUCGGUGGAGUAUCUGAGAGACCAGCUUUUGCCUGACAAGCUCAUUCAGGGGUGUGAGUCCUGCAGGAGACGGAUAGAGGGAUUUCACAGCAAGGCCCCGCUAGCCAGUAUUCAGAGGCUGCAGGAGGUCCUGGUGGUUGUUGGAGGAAGGGCAAUGGAUGAUUCUGAUGAUGACCAGAUGCUGUCACAAAACUGUGCUUUUUACAACACCAAGACAAACCACUGGUCCAUCCUUCCAGAUUUCCCGGAUCACUACAAAUGGGGAUUCUCACUCACAGCCUUGAACAAUGACGUCUAUGUUACUGGGGGUUCCAGAGGCAGCAAGACUGACGCGUGGUCAACAACCCAAUCUUGGAAAUUCCAUUCCAAAGAAGGGGCCUGGAAGCCCAUUGCUCCCAUGUUGAAACCCAGAACCAACCAUGCUACGACAGCUUUAAAUGGCGAACUCUAUGCUGUUGGAGGUACGACUCUAGAUGUAGUGGAAGUGGAACGAUAUGACCCGUACAAUGAUAGCUGGGCCACGAUUGACCCUAUGGUGAAGUAUGUCACUAACUUCACUGUCACGGGCUGUGUGGGAAAACUCUAUGUGAUUGGUUCGUGUGCAGCCAAGUACAAUGUUCUCACUCUACAGUGUUAUAAUCCUGUCACAGAUAACUGGAGUGUUAUUGCCUCUCCAUUCAUUCCCAAGUACCUUUCAGCUCCGUGCUGUGUUUCUGUAGAUGCUGUGAUUUACUUAAUCGGAGACAACACAAAGAAAGUCUACGCAUAUGAUUCUGAGGCCAACAUGUGGCAGAAGGUCCAGUUGCUGCAUAAGCUCCAUGAGAAUGGGGGCAUGGUGGUGAUUGCUGGGAAGAUCUAUGUUACCGGUGGUCACUGGAAAGGGAUGGAAGGAGACUAUAGUGUGGAGUUGGAGGUGUAUGAUUGUGCCAAGGACGUGUGGACUGUCGAAGGUUCCCUGCCGCGUCCCUGGCUUUAUCAUGGGUCUUGUUCCAUUUUCAUUGACACGUCAAGAUGGACUGAACUGUUCCCGGACAGUGACACCUAGAGAAACCCAC